AUGACAGACGAUGAUAUAAGUGCUCUAGUCAUUGGUAAUGGUUCUGGAAUGUGCACAGCAGUGUUUGCAGGUGACGACGCACCUAGCGCUGUGUUCCCAUUCAGCGUCGGUAGACCCAGACACGUCGGAGUAAUGAUUGGAAUGGGACAGAAAGAUAGCUAUGUGGGUGAUGAGGCGCAGUCGAAAAGAGGCAUACUCACUCUGAAGUAUCCCAUCGAGCAUGGAAUCGUGUGGAACUGGGCUGACAUGCAAAAGAUUUGGCAUCACACGUUCUACAACGAACUGCGAGUCGCGCCGGAGGAGCACCCAGUUCUGCUGACUGAAGUUCCAAUGAACCCGAAGGCGAACAGAGAGAAGAUGACCCAAAUCAUGUUCGAGACAUUCAACACUCCUGCAAUGUAUGCGGCUAUCCAAGCCGUGUUAUCACUCUAUGCGUGUGGAAGAAUGACUGGUAUUAUGCUGGAUUCGGGUGAUGGCGUAAGCCACACAGUCCCGAUUUAUGAAGGUCACGCCCUUCCACACGCGAUUCUGCGCAUGGAUUUGGCUGGACCUAACGGACUAUCUGAUGAAGAUAAUGACAGAGCGCGGUCAUUCAUUCACAACCGCUGCGGAACGAGAAAUUGUCCGGGAUACCAAGGAGAAGUUGUGUUACGUUGCCCUGGACUUUGA